AUGAGCAAAACUUGGGAGAAUAUUUUAGAAAAGUCUAUAAAAGCUAUUGUAUCUAUCAAAGUAAAUCGUGUGAGAAACUUUGAUACCGCAAAAUCCGUUGAAUGUUCGGCCACGGGAUUUAUCGUUGAUAAAGAAAGAGGAAUUAUUUUAUCAAAUCGUCAUGUUUUAUCAGCAGCACCUAUUAUCGCUCAAGCUAUAUUUAGAAAUUACGAAGAAGUGGAAUUACAACCAAUUUAUCGUGAUCCAGUUCAUGAUUUUGGAUUUUUUAGAUUUGAUCCAUCCAAGAUUAAGUUUAUGGAUCUAGUACAGAUCCCUCUUUGUCCAGAAAAAGCAAAAAUUGGAAUAGAAAUAAAAGUUGUUGGAAAUGAUAACGGUGAAACUUUGUCAAUUUUAUCUGGAACUCUAGCAAGACUUGAUAGAAGAGCCCCGAUGUAUGGUACUGGUAAUUAUAAUGAUUUUAAUACCUUUUAUUUGCAAGCAGCAUCUGGAUCUAGUGGAGGAUCGUCAGGAAGUCCAGUUCUUGAUAUUGAGGGUAAUGCUGUUGCCCUCAAUGCUGGUGGUACAAAAAAAGCAUCGUCUAGUUUUUAUCUUCCUUUGAAUAGAGUAAAAAGAGCUCUCAAAUACAUUCAAGAAGGAAAGGAGGUUCCUCGUGGAACUCUUCAAACCGAAUUUGAGUAUAAACCUUAUGAUGAACUUCGACAUUUGGGUCUUAAAUCAAGUAUUGAACAAGAAAUUCGAGAAAAAUUUCCUGAUGAUACUGGAUUAUUGGUUGUUCGUACUGUUUUACUAAAGGGACCAGCUGAUGGUUUACUUAUACCUGGUGAUAUUAUCAUUCGUGCAAAUAAAAAUAUGAUAACCAAUUUCACACAAUUAUUUUCAAUAAUUGAUGAUUCAGUUGGAGAAGAUAUCGAAUUAACAAUAUGUCGCGGAAAAGAGCAACUUGAUGUUAAGUUGAAAAUUCAAGAUCUUCAUUCCAUAACACCAAAUCGAUUUGUUGAAAUUGGUGGUGGUAUAGUUAAUGAGCUUUCAUAUCAAAUAGCACAUUCUUAUUCAUGGUCUGUUGGAGGUCCGUAUAUAGCUGAUAGUGGUUAUAUGUUUAGUACUGCUGCAGCUUGGCGUAUGAGUAUUAUUACUAGCGUUAAUAAUAUCCCUACACCAAAUUUGGAUGAAUUUAUUGAGGCCAUGAAAACUCUACCAGAUGGUGCAAAAGUACCAAUAAAUUUUUAUCAUAUGUCCAAUGUCAAUAAAGAAAAAACUUCAAUUUUGCAUAUGGAUAGACAUUGGCACAAAUUUAAAAUAGCUGUUCGGGAUGACACUACUGGAUUAUGGAAUUAUGAGGAAGUGCCUCCUCCCCAAUCUAUUCAUUCAUAUGAUCCUACAACAGCACAGGUUCAAAUUUUGGAUGAGUCAUUACAGCCUGCAGGAAAAAUUUGGUCUUCAUUUGUUACAAUUAGUUUCCGUUUACCAUAUAAUGUUAAUGGGAUAAGAACUACACAUUCUUAUGGUGCGGGAGUGAUAGUAUCCAUCGAGCCACCUUUAAUUAUAUGUGAUCGAUAUACUGUACCAACAAGCAUCGGUGAUAUUUUUAUCACUUUCGCUAAUAGUAUUAUUAUACCCGGAAAAGUAAUAUAUCUUCACCCGUUAUAUAAUUAUGCUAUUCUCACAUAUGAUAAGACAUUAUUAGGAGAAACUCCUGUCAAAGCAAUUGAAUUAAGUGAUAAGGAAUUAGUACAAGGUGAUUCUGUUUAUUUAGUAGGAAUUUGUGGCGAUAAUUCACCUGCAGUAAAGAAAACUACUGUGAAACGUAUAGCGAAUAUUGAAACAGUGAAAUGUUUCCCUACAAGAUGGAGAGCUAUGAAUGUUGAAGAAAUUAGAUUGGAUGAUGUUGUAGAAUCACUAGGUGGUGUAUUAUGUGAUAAUGAUGGAAAAGUACAAGGGUUAUGGUUAGUUUAUUCAUUACAAAACAAUAAGCAACAAAACAUCGCAUAUAAGAAAGGAUUUUCAAUAUCUUUAGUAAAACCAACUAUAAAUUCUCUUAAACUUGGUGAAAUUCCAAAAUUAUAUUGUCUUGAUGUUGAAUUUUUUAUAAUUAAAUUAUCAAAAGCAAAAUAUUAUGGUUUAUCAGAUGAAUGGGUUAAAAAAGUUGAAUCCAUACCAAAUUCUAAAUAUAGUUUAUUGCGUGUUUUAAAUAUACUUGAUUCAACAAGUCCUUCAGGAAAAUUGUUAAAAGUAGGAGAUAUUGUUUUGAAAAUAAAUGAUAAUAUGAUAACAAAAAUGUCUGAUUUAUCCAUGGCUUAUCAUUAUUCGGAAGAAGUCGAUAUGUUAAUAUUACGUAGUGGAAAAGAAAUAAAUAUUAAAGUGAAAACAACACCAUGUUAUGGAAAAGAGACAACGAAGAUUAUAGGAUGGUCAGGUGCAAUUAUACAAGAACCAUAUAAAGCGGCAUUAGAACAAAUUAAAAUUGUACCAACGGGUGUAUAUAUAUCAUAUAGAUUUAGUGGUUCGCCAGCAUUAAAAUUAAAACUAGGGGUUUGGAUUGUUGAAAUACAAGGAAGAAAAGUGAGUGAUAUAGAUUCAUUUUUAGAAGCUAUAUAUGCACAUGAAAAAGAAAUUAAAGAAAACCCCGAAGAGAAUAAUGAUGGAUAUGUAAGAAUUAAAACUAUUGGUGAUACAAAUGUUACAAAGGUUGUAACUAUGAAGUUAGACCCACAUUAUUGGGGUAUUUGGCAGUUAGUUGUUGAUAAAGAUGAAUUAACGGGAUGGAAGUAUAUAGAAGGAUAAAUUAUUUUUAAAUUUAUUUAUUAUUCUUUUUCUUCGAUAUUUUUGAUUAU